GCCAUCUUGAGCCGGCGGGAGUCACGUGACGCGAUUAAAUAUGGCGCCCUCGGUGCUGCUCCGGCACAGAAAACUUUUGACCUCCUUAUACUCUCGGUUCAGCAGCACUUCCGAAGGUCUUUCUUCAAAUCCCUGGAAAAAUAGAAUAUUUCAGUAUCUCUCCAACCGCUUCCACGACAUUGAAACCAUUGUUGAAAUCAGCCAGAAGUUUAAGAGAUGGAAAAUGGAGAAAGGAAACAAGUACGAUGCUGACCUACACCAGCGUUAUGGCAAUGACAUCGGAGCCGCCAUCUUUGUCCUGAAGCUGCACGGAGACAUCCGUUUCCAGGACCAAAUGGAUUGGUACCGUGCGGACCCGAACCAGACAGAAAACAUGGAUUUUCUAGACUAUUGUGGGAAGUCCUUGGAAGCGAUUGAUCUCAGCGGUACCUUCAUCAGCUACAUCGGCCUGAAAAACUUUGCGAACCUGAAAGGUCUGAAGCACCUGGACCUGAGCGGAUGCCCCCUCGUCGACAACUGGUGCCUGAGCCUGCUGCACCCCUUUGCGGACUCCCUGCAGACCUUGUCUUUGGCCGGCUGCUCCCGGAUCACGGAGAAAGGGCUGCCUUGCCUCCACCACCUCCAGAAUUUGGAACGCUUGGAUGUCUCCAACCUGCCUUCCGUUUCUCAUCCGCUGUUAAUUCGGAUUCUGCUGGAAGAAAUGUUGCCCCAGUGUUACAUCGUGGGAAUGGACGACCGGGAGAACACGGACUCUCCCGAGAAACGAGGAAACGAGGGGAUUUUCCCCACGCCCAGCAGGAUCUCCACUUGAAUCACAAAACUGGAUUUUCUUCCCGUCGGACACCGCGGUUUUAAAGCCGACCGUGGCUGACCGAGCUCCUUGGGAAUUGUCUUGAGCCAAAAAUCGGCACAACUGAUGUGGCGCCAGGCGAAGGAACGUCUGAAGGGUGCCAAUGAGUUCAUUUCUUCUUCUUUUUUUUUAAUGGCAGCGGGAUCAUAAAUAGGGACUUCCGAUUUAAAGGUGUCUCGUUUCCCACGUUUUGAAGGAGAUGACUUGAAAUUCAGGUCACUUUU